AUGUCUCAGAUAGCGCAAGAAAUGACAGCGAGUUUAAGAAACGCUAAAACACAAUUGGAUAUGGUUAACCAGCAGCUAGCAUAUUUGGAUAGACAAGAAAAGCUUGCUGAAUUAACGAAAAAAGAACUGGUAUCUUACCCAACGGAUAAAGUAUGGAGAUCUUGUGGUAAAUCCUUUAUUUUACAAGAGAAAUCUAAAUAUGUCAGUGACCUAUCGCAUGAUGAAAGUGUACUUCUAGAUCAAAGAAAAACUUUGAAAAUAAAAAAGAAUUAUUUAGAAACUACUGUCGAAAAGACAAUAGACAAUCUAAAAGCAUUAAUGAAGAAUUAA